AUGCUAUUCAUUCAAAAGAGAUUACCAUAUGAACAGGAUCAUGUCAACAUAAAUGAUUCUUCAACUUGUGAUGUUAUCCGGAACAAAUUGGUGCCUCAUAAGAAGCAGGUCAAGCCCUUUAAGGAGGGUGACACUGCAUUGCACCUUGCAGCAUCAAGAGGAUUCAAAGAUAUAUGUGAAUGUAUAAUUGGAAUGAAUGGUGAAAGGAAGUAUUUGAUCGAUAUCGAUAACAACAAUGGAGAGAGUCCUUUGUUUCUUGCUGCAUUGUCUUGGCAAAAACGAAUGUUUGUUUAUCUCUUCAACUUUAAACCGAGUAAGAGUGAUUGCGAUGUUGGUGGGAAUUAUUCUUAUUCUAAAGAUCUUAUUAGAAGCAAUGGAGAUAGUAUUCUUCACUGUGCCAUCAGGAGAGAAUUUUUCGAUUUGGCGCUUAUAAUUAUAGAUAAAUAUCCGGAUCUUAUUGUCAUUGCGAACAGACAUGGAUUUAGUCCUCUCAAACUUCUUGCUACUAGGCCCUCAGCAUUCAAAAGUGGAUGCAAGAUGAUAUGGUGGAAGAGGAUUCUAUACCACUGUAUACCUGUGGGAAUCCUGAAUGUGGAAGAAGCUGUCAAAUAUUGUGCCAUGAAACAAUAUGAAUCAAGCUCACACAAGAAAUGUCCAAAGAACUAUGACACAUGUUAUCUCUUUCUUCAAAAAUGUAAAGAGUAUGCUUAUCCACUUAUACCCUUUGUUAAGCGAGUGCUAAUGAAAGAAACUACUUCUACUGCUGCAUAUGGAUCUAAAAAUAUUGAAGAGAAACACAAAGUGUUCCAAAAUUAUCAACAUCGCAAUAUAUCAAUGCAAUCUAAACACAAACUUCUUCCAGAAAACUAUGCUACAUGUCUUUGGUUUAUCAAGUUUGCAUAUAUCUAUACCCUUGGCCUUUCAGGAGUAGGGGUUGAAGAAAUCAAAAAGAUGAAACAAAAACACAAAUGGAGUGGUCAACUAUUGAACAGAUUUAUGGAGAACGCUUACGAAUCGUAUUUGGGAACCGGCACCAAACCAAUACAAUAUCUGAGUGGAACAGAUUUCAUUUCUGCUUACAAGCCAAACCAAGGAGAAAAUAACAGUGAGGAAUGUGAACAUAUAAUCCGUAUAGCCAAGCCUGGUAUGAGUAAGUCUUCUGUUGUUGAUAGUGAAACAGGAAAGAGUUUUGACAGCAGGGGAACAAACACGAUCCGUGCCCAGCAUUCAGCUUAA